UGUUUGUAAAUAUGGCGUCUGCAAGUUUACCUGCUCGAAGUAAUAGGGAUGAUUCCAUUAAAAGAACAAAGCGACAGACUGCCCUGGACACCCUAGUGUCAAUGGGGUUUCCCAGGAAUAGAGCAGAAAAAGCAAUUGCCGCAACAGGAGAUCGCGGAAUUCAGCUGGCCUCUGACUGGCUUCUGUCACAUGUAGAUGAUCCUACCCUAGAUGAUGGCACGUCCAGGGAAUAUGUCCUAUAUCUGUGUCCUAAUGGUAAAAUGCAGGAUGAACUCAACAAAUUUUGGGAGAAGAGCCUUACCCAGUGUGGAUGGAAUGGGGCUCACUCCUACUUCCCCCACAUCACCAUGUGUCCAUUCUUCACAGCUGAUGACAAAGAUGUUGGUUUUUUGAGCGAGAGCUUUCUAAAGCUAGAAAACAAACUCAGGCGGGCCCCUGACACUUUGAAGUUGGAUUUCUUUAGCCAGAUGAAUUUCAUUGGAUUAUUUGUGAAGGAUACCAUGUAUGAAUUCCUGCAAGAAUGUGUCUCAAUGUUCAGCAAAGAAUUAGCCAAAGGAGGAGUUAAAGUUGAGCCACACAAGAAACAGCUCCACCUGACUCUGGCCUACCAGUACCCAUCAGAACAACACGAUAAGCUCCUGAAAUACGCCAAAGAAAUAGAUCUCGGUGUUGAUGUAAGAUGGGACCUCCGUUUGUAUUCUAGAGAUCCAAGGGCUGGCAGAAGUGAGAUCCGUCGAGUGGUGAAGGCCUACACACCGCAAGUUGGGGAUGAGUUGGAACUUAUUGAUGGAGAUUUCAUUUUCUUGGAUCCAAAAGAACUUACUAAAACCAAAGAUGGCUGGUAUCCCGGGAUCUCAUGGCUGACUGGGAUUCUGGGAAUGUUCCCGGGAGUCUACACACAGAAAACAGCCGAAACAUGGACCUGGAUGCUUCACAGAUCUCUACCACUGCAAGUAAGACCCAAGUCUGUAGCUGUGACCAAUGGAAUCAUUGUAGAGGAAGAUUAUGAUGCAAUCUGGCAUGAUGACAAGGAUUAUGCCAAGGUCAACAAAAACUUCAUUAAAGAAAAAAAGCAACGAAUGCCUUCUGUGGAAAAGCGAGAACAGAGGAGAUUGAUUGUAUGUCGCCAUGGCGAGAGGACAGACUUUGCCAUGGGUAAAGGGUGGUACGAUAUGUGCUUUGAUGAUGAUGGUAGAUAUUCCAGGAUUAACUUGAAUUUGCCAAAGAAGAUGUUGACAAGGUCGAAUAACCUUGAGUACAUAAAUGACCCACCUCUGACAGAAGUAGGAAAGUUACAAGCACAGCUAACAGCCGACACGCUGACAGAAAAUAGAAUAACAAUAUCAGCAGUGUAUUCAUCUCCUUCUUUACGAUGUGUUCAAACAGCAACUGAAAUUUAUCAAGUACUAAAACUCCAAAACAAAAUAAAGAUAGAACCAGGUUUGUUUGAGUGGACAGGUCACACAAAUGUUGUACCCAGGUGGAUUUCUCCUGAGGAUUUGGCCAAGCAGGGUUACCCUAUUGAAACCUCGUACCUCCCCCAGGUACCCAGGGACAAGCUGGAAGAUGGGGAAUCGAUCAGUAAUCUGUAUGCUCGAUCCACAGAAACCUCCAGGCAAAUACUUAAACUGUAUGAAAGCAAAGGAGGCAAUAUUUUGUUCAUCGGUCAUUCUGGUACUUUGGAUUUAUGCACACGAGUCAUCACUGGGCAGACUCCACGGACCACCAUGUCAUACAGAGAGUUCCUCCCGAAGGUGCCGUAUGUGGCCAUGUGUGCAAUCGAGGAGGAUGUGAUCACAAGGAAGUGGAAAUUUAUUGAUCCACCCACCUUACCCCUAUCUCACGGACGCAAUAUUGUACAGAAUGUUAGAGAUAUUCUGAAUGGAUGACAUUCAUUUCAGAAUUCAAAGGAAUUGUUUGUGCCAAUAGCUAACAUUUAGCUACAUAAUGCAAAGGAAGCCAUUAUUUUAUACCUGUGAAUAGUAUAACAAAACUCUAUUAUAUGUAAUUUUACCUACACUAACAAAUUUUUAAAAAAUCUCUUCAGCAGGUUUGAAGAAACAAAAAUGUUUUUAUGAUUAAUGAAUUUUACAGAAUGUUACAAAAUGAGGCCCUUGAGCCACAGUGCUUACCUGAAUUGCAUUUCACUUCAAAUGGAAAUGAAUAUGUAAAAGAAUAAAAUAAUAAUAAGAUAAAAGAAAGAAAGACAAAAAAAAUCCAGUUAUGUGUUCCUUUCCUUUAAAACUAGUGAUUUCAGCAGUUUUCAGUCAGUUAAUAUAAAUUUACUACUCAUUGUCUUGUUGUAUGUAAGGUAGCUCUAAGUUUUAAUUGCUGUUGAAUCAUUUGAAAAAAAAACACUGAUUGUUGUUGAAAAGGUUUUAAAAUGACACUGUGUCAUUUAUAUCCCCUUCAAAGUGGAGAAUGGCAGCUCAAUUGAACAAACUUAAGUCUUCUUGAACAAAGAAUGAUUUUGGUUGAAAUUAGCUUAUUUGUUCUGGAGAUGUAGAAAAUGGGAAAAGUUAACAAACAGACAACAGACAGACAGCUACUCAGAUAAUUAACAAGGAUUGAUCAGAGAAGCUCCCUUGAUCUUAGGCUCAGAUGAUCUUAAAAGUUAGGUUACUCCAGUGUGGCCGUAUUCUUUUUAAUGCAUCACACAACAUUCAAUUUUAGAAAUUGUGUCUUUCAUACAUUAUUGUAUUUGAUUUCUUUAUGCAGUGCUUUUUUUUAAAAACAAAAACUUUUAUUUUGCUGAUGUAAAGUUAUCUCUCUUAGAAGAGGAAUGAUCCACCUUAAAGAGUGAUGUUCUGCUGAUUUUUUUCAGCAAUGACCAAUUUUCAAAAGUAUUUAUGAAGUAAAUGUACCAAUACUAUAUUUUUAUUUUUGUCAAAAAGAUAUUUUUUUUUUAAUAUUCCAGAAAUAUGAGAUUUAUUUAUAUAAGUAGUACUUAAGAUGAAUUCAAAGGUGUUCUUGAAAAUGAGCUACUGUUUAGCAUUUUCAUAGAUUUAUAUAUGUCAUCUUUUCUCAGAUGGCUGUUGCAUGUUUAAAAUUUUCUUCAUUGCUGAUAAGUGACAUCGAUCCGUAUUUGUUGUCCUUUGAUGUGAUGAUUUUUAUUUUUUGCUGUGUUUUUCCUUGUUGGUGUCAUUUAGAUCUUUGUUAAGUUGAUAAUUGUUGUUGAUGUAUAUAGACAAAUUUUAUUUCUUUUUAUACUGUAUCAUUGAUAGUUGGGUAACCCCACCGCUCAUCAAAAAAGCCAAAACAACUCACCCUCUCAUCGCAGAAUACUCUCAACCAUUUCCGAUAUUCACCCUUCACAAAUAUUGAAUUUUUAAUUCAUUUUGCUUUGUUUUAAUGGGACAUAUAAUUUUGUAUUUUAAGCAAUUUUUUUAUUUUACAUUGCAUAUUUUUUUUAAAAAUACUUUUCAAUUUUAAUUAAUAUAACACUUUGCUAUGCUUUUAUAAGAACUUUUGAUCACUAUUUUGUCUCUACAUCAGCCAGACUUUCGUGCCAUGAUGAAAACAUGCUCAGUUGAUAUCCUUGUAUAUACAAAUGAAAAAUCAUUAAAAUUUAAGGGUCACCCAAUUUCUUAAGGUGACAUUAAUGAGUGUCCCUCCUCUGUGCCCUUAUUAUAAAGUGUUCAAAAUAGUAGGCUUUAUUCCAGAAACUUUUGAAACUAUUUUAAGCAGUUUUUAUAAAGGUAAUAUCCCUUAGGAAGAAUAUGAAAUAUUCAAAACUUCACAAUCCUGAACCUCCUAGGGUAAAGUAAAGCCAUGACAUGAUUUUUUCCCCCCAUUUUUGCAGUUAUUGGUACAUGUAAUUUUAUUUAGCAUACAAAAAACUGUUUUCAUGAUUUUCAUGAUGGACAGUAACCCCUCUAACAGAACUGAUGAAUUAUAUUCCUUUGGUAUUGAGGGUAUUGGUUUCAUGCUUUGGAUUGGAAGUGUAAGAACCUAUGGGGUUAUUAAGCUCUAUAACAGGGGCUACAUUGAUCUUAUACUGGCCUAUGGCCUUUCAUUUGCUCUAGGAAGAUAUUUUAUUUUUGGUACUGUUGUGAUUUUUUUCUUUAUUUUUUUCUCUCAAAAUUUUGUAGAGAAGUUUGCUUUUACAUUUGGCCUAGCAUAAUUUUUACCAAGGUAUCUGAUUUGAAUUGUCAUAAUUUUCAGCAUAGGAACUUUUUAGCUCUGAAUAUGUCUGUUUUUAUUUACAAGUUUUAAAUUAUUUGACAUGCUUUCAAAAAUUUAGCAUAAACUUUGGAGCAAACAUGAAUUAAUGUUGAUAUGAUUCUUUAAACAAUUCAAUUCAAUUCAAUUUUUUCAAUUCAAUUGUUUAUUUACCAAUUAAGGGCCCUCAUGGGGCAAAAAGAAGGUACAUUUUAAACACCUGUAUAUUUCAUAUAAAUUAGUGCUGAUUAAUUACCAAGUGGCGAUUAAGAAUUUAUGUGCUAAGGAAAGCACCAAGUGCACAAAACUAGGAAUAAUGCUAAAUGUAAGUUAAGAACUGGUAUUUUUUCAGCAUUUGAGAAUUAAUUGUUCUUAACCAAUUGAUUUAAACUCUUGUAUUCAUGAGAUGGGUUUUUUUUUUAGUUUUCUAAGUUCAAUUUCUAUAUCUCAGUCACUGAAGAUGAAGUACAUGAUUUCAUGUCAUUCUUUUUUUAGCUCUUCUGAGCCAAAGGCUCAAAGAGCUAAUGCUAUGGCCAUUUGUGCGGUGUGCGGUGCGCGUAAACUUUUUAGAAUAUGGGCCAUAACUCAAGAACCCCUUGGCCAAUUAUUGUCAAAUUUGUCACAAGGUAUCCUUGGCCCAAGGGCUCCCUUUUGUACUAAAACUGGGGUUGUGACCCUUUAACAAGGGGAGAUAAUUAGGAAAAUAGAAACAAAAGUACUGGUUGCUAAAAAAUCUUCUUCUCAAGAACCACUGGGCAGAUUAUCACCAAACUUACACAAAAGGAUGAGGAUAUGCUGUAGAUUAAAAUUUGCACGGGGAUUUACCCUGGGGCAAAGGGCAUGGUCUCAAGGUCACUUCAAAGUUGACCAAAAAUUACAUUUUAUUAAAAUGUUGAUAUUUUGCUUACUAUAAGGACUAGGAUCAUCAAAUCUUGUCAGUUGAUGCAUCUAAGGACCUCAUAUCAUGUUGACUCAAAAGUAGGUCAUGGUGACCUACUUUUUAAAUUUUGCGGCUAUUCUUUUUCAAAAUGAUUUAGAGGCAUAUUUUGAACAAUUUAAGGCCUAUGAUCAUCAAACUUUGUCAGUUUAUGUAUCUUAGGUCCUCGAAGUAUGUCAACUAAAAAGUAGGUCACCUUGACCUAUUUUUUGAAUUUUAUGGCUUAUCUUUCUCAAAACAAUUAAGGUCAAUAAUUCGAAUACCGAGAGGUUUAGAAUUAUUAAAUCUUGUAAGAUGAUGCAUCUUGGGGCCAUAAAAGAUAUUUAUUAAAAAGUAGGUCACAGUGACCUACUUUUUGAACUUUUGCAGGCAUUUGAUUUCAAAGCGUUUUAGAAGCAUAAUUUGGACAUUUUUUUCAAUUUAUAUGACUAUAAUUAAAUAUUUCAGGUACUAAUUGGCUUAGAAUCAUCAAACUUUGUCAGUUGAUGCAUCUUGGGUCUUCGGAGUAGGUCGACUAAAAAGUAGGUCACAGUGACCUACUUUUGAAAUUUAUGGCUUUAAUUAAAUAUAUGGGGUACUAAUUGGCUUUGAAUCAUCAAACUUUGUCAGUUGAUGACUUUUGGGUCUUCGGAGUAGGUCGACUAAAAAGUAGGUCACCAUGACCUACUUGCAAAAAUUUAUGGCUUUAAUUAAAUAUUUUGGGUACUAAUUGGCUUAGAAUCAUAAAACUUUGUCAGUUCAUGUGUCUUGGGUCCUCGGAGUGCAACAACUGAAAAGUAGGUCAUGGUGACCUACUUUUGAAAAUUUAUGGCUUUAAUUAAAUAUUUUGGGUAUUAAUUGGCUUAGAAUCAUUAAACUUUGUCAGUUGAUGCGUCUUGGGUCCUCGGAGUACAACAACUGAAAAGUAAGUCACGGUGACCUACUUUUAAAAAUUUAUGGCUUUAAUUAAAUAUUUUGGGUACUUUUUGGCUUAGAAUCAUCAAACUUUGUCAGUUGAUGCAUCUUGGGUCCUUGGAGAACGACAACUGAAAAGUAGGUCAUGGUGACCUACUUUUGAAAUUUUAUGGCUGUAUUUAAUAUUUUCAGGAAUUAUUUGGCUUAGAAUUGUCAAAAUUUGUCAGUUGAUGCAUCUUUGGUCCUCGGAGUAGAUUGACUGAAAAGUAGGUCACUGUGACCUACUUUUGAAAAUUUAUGGCUUCAAUUAAAUAUUUUCGGUACUUAUUGGCUUAGAAUCAUCAAACUUUGUCAGUCGAUGUAUCUUUGGUCCUCGGAGUACAGCAACUGAAAAGUAGGUCACCGUGACCUACUUUUGAAAAUUUAUGGCUUUAAUUAAAUAUUUCAGGUACUAAUUGGCUUAAAAUCAAACUUUGUCAAUUGAUGCAUCUUGGGUCCUUGGAGUACAACAAUUGAAAAGUAGGUCACUUUGACCUACUUAUAAAAUUUUAUGAUUAUAAUUUUAGAAAAUAUUUUAGGUAUUAAUUGGCUUAGAAUCAUCAAACUUAGUUGAUGGGUCCUCAGACAAUGACAAGUGAUAAGUGGGUCACCAUGACCAACUCUCAGGUACUAAUUGGCUUAGAAUCAUCUUGGGUUCUCAGAGUGUGAAUUGGAAUUUCAAGGGUUUAUCUAAAUAUACAGGAUACUUCGAGGGUUCAAAUAGAAGUGAUAGGUUGCACAGUUUAUCAGAAGAGGGAUUCAAGGCCCAUGGGCCUCUUGUUUUUUUUUAACAUUUAACUCAAGCAAUCAAAAGCUUUGAUUUUGUGUGAUUUGAUAACUCAAGCCAACAGUAUUGACUUUGUAUGUUAUAGAUUGGCAUGUUUAUCCAAGUAAGUUCUUUGGGACCUUGGAAAUACAAAAUCAUAGGGUGCUUAUUAAAUAUGCACUUUAGUAGCUGCAAUAUAUUUUAAGGGUUGGCUUUACAUUAAAACAUAGGUAAGCCACAAUGAAAUGUACUCACAUAUAGAGUAUUUUCUGCUUCUGUAACUUUAAUUUAAGCUGUUUAAAAGAAUUAUUUCAAGUGAUAUUUAGUGAUUUUUUUUAAGAUGUAGGAGGUGAAAAAGGGGGGGGGGUCUCAGAUUAAAUUGUCAGGAAUUAGAAUUUUAUGAGAAAAAGUUUCAAAUGGGGACUGUUUUUGUGUUUCAGUCUCAAUGGGUCAAAAUCUGUCAACAUUCACACUUUUAAUCCUAGAUUGAUAUAUAUGAUUGAUAUAUAUGAUAUAGCUAUAGAGAAUAAUGCUCAAACUGCAGAACCCUGAAUUGUUCUACAUAUAGAACUCCCAACUUCUUAGUGUAAUUAAUUUAGUGAUACUAUUUUCUAGUCAUGAACAAAAUGAAGUGCAAGGCACUCUAUGUUAUUGUAAAGUUUAAAAUCUCAGCAUUUUAAGAAUUGACAUUGUAUUUGAUAUGGACAAGUCCAUGUUGAAGACUCUUUUUUGUGUUGGUGACAAGUCCAUGUUGAAGACUAUGUUUUGCGUUUUUGACAAAUCAGAGACAUAGAAAUAAUAUGGAAUAAUUAUGUUAUUUUCCCCUGUUUGCAUAUUUUUUUUUCCACUUGAUGUUCAAUGAUUAAUUUUACUUUUACUUUAUCAUAUACAUGUAGAUAAUUUCCCCUGAAUAAUCAAGCUGUCUUCCCUUUACAGGUAACAUGUCAGUACAUGUGAAUGUACAUGUACAUGUGCAAUAACUAAUGUUGUAACAUUGUACUAUAUAGUAACAGAUCAUUGAAGCUGGUCUCACAUAAUGUAAUUUGACAAUAAAACGUUGUAUAGUUUA